UAAUACCACUGUUAUUCCCUUGUCUUGUUGCGCCUCCUCUCGCUCUCGUCCUCAUCUCCUCUCCUCGCUGGUCUCUCUAAACGCACACCAAAACCACCACAAAAUCCCACCCACCUACGCCUGUCUGGUUCGAUCCCAUCCCCCCACAGCAUCGGGGAGUCGCGCGCUCCAUCGCGAUCCGCUCACCCUUAUCUCCAAUUCCUUCCUGCCACGCCUAUUUUUGCGAUUUUUUUCUUCGUGUUUGUUUCGGUGAUCGGUGUUCUAGGGUUUGGGAGCUGCCGGGUCGGGUUUGGCCGGUGGAUGGGGCUGCUGGGUGGUCGGAAGGGUUAGAUUUUGCGCCUGUGAGGUCGGUUUCAGCCGCCGCAUGCGGAGGAUUGGAGGCCGUGGAAGAGGUUAGGGUUAGGGUUAUGGGGAGCACGGGGGAGCCGGACCGGAAGCGGCGUUUCUCCAGCUCCGUCGCGCCCGGUGGCGCCCCUGUUGCUCCCGCCAAGCGGCCGCCACCAGCUCCACCCUCCGAAGAUAAGAAGCUUGAUUUUGCUGUACUUAAAUACAAAAAUCAAAAGCUCGCGGAACAACUUGAAGUCCACAAGUUUGAGUUCCGUGCUCUCGAGAGUAAAUUCAAUGAUUUAAAACUGAAGCAGAGGACACAUAAUGAGACACUUGUCCUGGUCAAAAGUUCUUGGGAGCGACUUGUAGCAGAUCUCGAGUUAAUUUCUUUUUGCAAAAGUGGAUCUCCACAUUCUGACGGGCGCAGCAAUGUAAGAAAGGAUGGUGCAUGCAUGCCCACAGAAAAUGAUUUUUUGAGAAGACUUGUUGAGGCUGGUGCUACCGAAAGUUCUGGUUGUGCUCCCAGAUGCCAUUUGGGAAAUGAUGUCCCUCCAGAACAAUCAUCAACAGUCAAUGUUCUGCGGAACAUCUUCCGUCCAUCAAGUGAUCUGUGGCAUGCAAAUAAGGAGUUUGCUACGACUGCUCUUACUAAGUUACCAGAAAAUGAACACAGCAGGCAACUGCAGGGUGCCACCAGCGACUUGUUGUCCAAGUUUGAAAGGGUGGUACAAGAAGUAGAUAAUCUUCACUUGAAGCACAGGCAGUUAGCAUCUAACUAUCAAAACCAAAGAGAUUCAAGUGCCUGGAGCAGAGCAGAACAGAAACGUCUGAAAGAGGAGUGGGCCAGUACUGUUGCCAAGUUGGAAGAAAGCAAGCACAAACUGGCAGCACUGAAAGCACAGGCAGACAAUAAGCAAGGGACUCCAAUCCUUUUCCCUGCACUGGGCAACAAAAAUGCAGCUGAAGAUAAGGUCAGGGAUAAACAGAGAGAAUUGCAAGAUCUUGAAGCCACCCACAAGGAAUUAACGGAAUUGAUUUCAAAGCGCCUGGAGGAAAUAAAGAGACUGCAUGAAGAGCGAAUUGAAAUUUUGAACAAGUUAGCGACUUUUCAGAAUAUAUUGACAGAUUUCAAAAGCAUUCGUUCUUCCAGAGCUUUUCAGCUUGUUAACGACCAACUUCAGAAGUCACAAGCAGAAUUGGAUCACUACCAAACAUUAUUAGAGAAAUUACAGGUUGAUAAGGAUAGCUUUGUUUGGCAAGAAAGGCAAUUUAAUCUAAAGGUUGAUCUGGCUGAAAUUCCCCAGAAGGUAUCUGCAUACUGUGAAUCUAGGAUUGCUGAUCUUGAAAAAGAUGUGCAGAAACUAUGCGAUGAAAAGAAUAUGCUGGUGAUGAAACUUGAAGAGGCUUCAAGAGAACCUGGUCGGAACCAGGUUAUCUCAGAAUUUAAAGCUCUGGUGUCAUCACUGCCUAGGGAAAUGGAUGCCAUGCAAAGCGAACUGUCCACACACAAGGAUGCUUCCUUGGAGUUGCAUUCUUUGCGAGCAGAGGUUCAUUCACUUUCUAGUAUCCUGACCAGAAAGGAACAUGAAAUUACAGAAUUGUCAUGUAGAUCUGCCCGUGCUGUAUCCGAUAUAAGCCAACUUCAGUCUGUGGUUCGCGAUUUAAGGGAAAAUAUGCAGGAGCUUAAGCUAUUUAUGGAAUUAUAUAAGCAUGAGUCCACUGAUUCCAGAGAGGUGAUGGAAUCGAGAGACAGUGAAUUCUCUGAAUGGGCUCGAGUCCACAUCCUUAGAUCUUCUCUUGAUGAAAGUAAACUAGAGCAGCGCGUAAUGGCAGCCAAUGAAGCUGAAGCAAUGUCACAGCAGAGACUAGCAACUGCUGAAGCUGAGAUUGCUGAAUUAGGUCAGAAGCUGGAGACUUCUAGAAGGGAUCUAGUUAGACUAUCUGAUGUUCUGAAGUCUAAACAUGAAGAAUGUGAAGCUUACUUGCUGGAGAUUGAGAGUAUUGGGCAAGCAUAUGAAGACAUACAGACACAAAAUCAACAAUUGCUACAGCAGAUCAUUGAAAGAGAUGAUCAUAAUACCAAGCUUUUCAUGGAGGGUGUCAGAGCAAAAAAGUCACAUGAUGCUUUGCAUUUGGAAGUGUGCUCCUUGCACAGGGAUUUGCAGCAGGCAAGCAGUUUGAUGGAUAUAUACAACCAGAAAAUUGUUCGCUUAGAGGACCAGCUAAGAGUUUGGUCAGAGCGGGCCAGGAGAUUGGCAGAGGAUGGAUGGCAGCAAUCUGUUUCGUUGGGCAAUUCUCAGAGAAAGCUGGCGGGUAUGCAUGGAGAGGCUCCAAAGCUCAGGCAGUCAAUGGAGGAAAUACAAGCGAAUGUUGGAAGCAACCGUCUGGAAGUUGCCAAACUGCUUAUUGAAUUAGAAAAGGAGAGGUUUAGUAAGAAGAGAAUAGAGGACGAUUUGGAACUGAUGUCAAGUAAAGCUAGCUCUCUUAGAGCUAAGGCAGAUGAAUCAGUAGUCCUGGAAAAGCUUCGCCAUGAGGUCAGGGAGUAUAGGGGGAUAUUGAAGUGUGGUAUCUGUCAUGAUAGACAGAAAGAGGUUGUGAUUGCCAAAUGCUACCAUCUCUUCUGUAAUCAGUGCAUACAAAAGUCUCUUGGUAACCGUCAGAAGCGGUGUCCAUCUUGUGGACUAAGCUUCGGGGUUAAUGAUGUGAAACCUAUCUAUAUAUGAAACGGAAGUUUCAAGCUUGUGUCACUGCCAUCUAGGGUAAGCUGCUUUGGUGCUUACUAAUUGCUGAUAUGCGCUAGUUGACCAUGGUGUUUUGGUCGGGAGAUGUAACUAUUUAGCUUGUACAACCAAACUUGUACGGAUAGUAGCCUAAUUUGGUAGGCUCCAUGUAAUUGCAGGUGCCCCUGCUGGCAUAUAUAAUGCCAGUGUUGCUUCCUGCACCUCUGUAAAGUCUGUCCUGUCGAAGCAGCUAGAUUAGUCUGACCACGUUAUCCAUUCUGUUCUUUGGGGAAAGGAAAUCCUACAAAAUGGGAUUAGUGCUUCCCGCCAUAGCGAGCAAUGUAUAAUAUAUAGCUUUAGCUUCAUUGGUGUAGCCGACAAUAAGAGUGCAUAUUUUUUUGACUGGUUCUCCAGUUUGUACAUUUCAGGACAUUGCCAAUAGUGAAAUCUCAUUUAGUGUUUACUGAUCA